AUGGCUGUUCGUGUGGCAGACCACAACUUCACGGCCCGGAAUCCUCCAGCUUUCACCCGUCUAGUGACAGGCGUAAUGAUGCAUCCCUCCUUCACAUACGACGUAUCAAGCUCUGGCUUUGACAUCGCACUCCUGCAGUUGCAACACCCAAUAGACCGAUCCAAGCAUAACUCUGAACACCAGCUGUAUCGAACAAAACAAACACACGCACUCACAGACGGCGCAGCUGGUCCACCACUGGGUGAUGAACUGCGGUUCGAUGAAGUGCUUAUGACCCAUCUGGUAGAGCCCAGUUCCAGUGAUCGCAUCUUCUUCCUCAGGAAUGCUUCGUGGGACUCGAAUAUUCUUUACUAUUGGCGAUUCUUACUACUUCCUAUUGACGAGUAUGAAUUAAAAGAUAUUAACGCCAUUUGUCAUGGUGACAGUGGUGGAGGACUCCUAUGUUUACAUCCAGAUGGAUCUAAAUGGGUUGUGUACGGCGUAUUUUCUACAGGCACCCCCAAUUGCUUGGCGGGAUUCAACGUAUUUGCGUUGACAGGAACGAAGCUCGAUUGGAUUGAACAAGUCAUCAGAGCAAAUCCCUAG